UUCUUCCCCUUUGCAGGCUUCCGUUCACCCAACAACGUCCUCCUCUGAAAAUUUGUUGGGUUUUGUCUCGUCUCCCCGUCCCAGGUUUAGAAGGAAAUACGCCACUCUGCAAAGUAGGUCUCUCGUGCUUUUUACUAACUCUUUGUUUUGCAGGUUAAGCGGCUCUAAGAGAAUAGCUUCUGGUCCCAUCGGGUAUACUUGGUUUCCCAAUCAUAAGAAGUUGUAUGGUUCGACCCCCAAUGUUUUAUCCUGUAAUCUUGCUUUCUGUACUUAGUUUAGGUUGUAAUCUUGCUUUUCAUUUAUAGUACUCUGUCAAAAAAAAAAAAAAAAAAUACUACAAAAGUGACAACCUGAGGGCUGAGGCUAGUCAUUAGUUAUAACUCUUGGCUCUCACAAGUAAAUAAAAACGGACGAAAAUCUUUAUAAUAUAAUCGGCACGACGUGGCAAAACAUAAACCUUAACAGAACCCCCACAAGCAAAAAAAAAUUGAGCCAGGAGUCGAACCACAAACCUUCCACAUGGCUAACUCAAGUCAUGGCAAACCUCUUACCAUCUUCAUCUUCUUGUUCCAUUUCUCUCUACAAUCUUCCUUCUCUCUCAACCUUCAACAACUCCAUGCAAAGACACCUCUCUAUCUCUCUCCACCGCUUUGUUUCCCUUCGAAAUCCCCCCAAAUUCCCGCCGUUUUCUGGUCGAAAUUCCCCUUUUUCUCUCUCCUCCAUUGCUAAUUUCCGACGACCCAUUUCGUUUUUCAAGGUGGUUUCAAUGGCGGAUCAUUCAUCUUCAUUUGGGGUCUCUCAUAAACAUACUAAUCGUCUUGGUUUGGAGCAUAGUCCUUAUCUUCUUCAGCAUGCUCAUAACCCUGUUAACUGGUAUCCCUGGGGUGACGAAGCAUUUCAGGAAGCUAGAAGAAGGGAUGUGCCCAUAUUCUUAUCAAUUGGUUACAGCACCUGUCACUGGUGUCAUGUGAUGGAGGUUGAAUCCUUUGAGAGUGAAGAAGUUGCAAAGCUGCUGAAUGAUUGGUUUGUUAGUAUUAAGGUUGACAGGGAGGAACGGCCGGAUGUUGACAAGGUAUAUAUGACAUAUGUUCAAGCUUUAUAUGGUGGUGGAGGGUGGCCUUUGACUGUGUUCCUUUCACCUGAUCUUAAGCCACUGAUGGGUGGAACAUAUUUCCCACCAGAUGACAAGUAUGGGAGACCUGGGUUUAAAACUGUGCUUAGAAAAGUUAAAGAAGCUUGGGACAGUAAAAGGGAUAUGCUUGUGAAAAGUGGAUCUUUUGCUAUUGAACAGUUAUCAGAAGCAUUAUCUACCAAAGCUACUUUGGAUAAGUUGCCUGAUAAUCUACCACAAGAAGCCUUGGAUCUGUGUGCAGAGCAGCUUUCUGGAACUUAUGAUUCAGUAAAUGGUGGGUUUGGUUCUGCUCCAAAAUUCCCAAGACCUGUCGAGAUCCAACUGAUGCUUUAUCAUUCCAAAAAGAUGAAAAAUACUGGAAAACCUGGUAAAGCAAAUGAAGGUUUUCAAAUGGUAAAUUUUACCCUGCAAUGUAUGGCUAGGGGAGGAAUACAUGACCAUAUUGGAGGUGGCUUUCACAGAUAUAGCGUGGAUGAGUAUUGGCAUGUUCCUCAUUUUGAGAAAAUGCUGUACGACCAAGGGCAGCUAGUUAAUGUUUAUCUUGAUACAUUUGCAAUCACAAGAGACUCCCAGUACUCUGAUAUUGCAAGGGAUGUUCUCGACUACUUAAGGAGAGACAUGAUUGGAGAAGAAGGAGAAAUUUACUCUGCAGAGGAUGCUGACAGUGCUGAGACAGAGGGUGCAGCUAGGAAAAAAGAAGGUGCUUUCUAUGUUUGGUCUAGUGCAGAAAUAGAGGACAUCCUUAAAGAGCAUGCUACCCUAUUCAAGGAACAUUACUAUAUAAAGCCCACUGGGAACUGUGAUCUAUCUAGAAUAAGUGACCCUCACAAUGAAUUCAGAGGCAAGAAUGUGCUUAUUGAGAGGAGAAGCACAGAAGCACUGGCAAAGAAACAUGGCAUGUCUAUUGAGCAGUAUCUUGAUAUUCUGGGGAUGUGCAGGAAAAAACUUUUUGAUGUGAGAUCUAAGAGACCACAUCCACAUCUGGAUGACAAGGUGAUAGUGUCGUGGAAUGGACUCGUUAUUUCAUCCUUUGCAAGAGCUUCUAAAAUUCUCAAGGGAGAACCUGAUGGACAUAAACAUUACUUCCCUGUUGCUGGUACUGAUCCCAGUGAAUACAUUGAAGUGGCUGAAAAGGCGGCAUCUUUCAUAAGGAGGAAUCUAUAUGAUGAAGAAAUAAAAAGACUGCAACACAGCUUCCGAAAUGGGCCAGCUAAAGCCCCUGGCUUUCUAGAUGACUAUGCGUUUCUUAUUUCAGGACUGCUAGAUCUUUAUGAGUGUGGUGGCAAAACCAGGUGGCUGGAAUGGGCUGCUGAGUUGCAAGAUACCCAGGAUGAGUUAUUCAUGGACAAGGAAGGUGGAGGCUAUUUCAACACCCCAGGGGAGGAUCCUUCUGUUCUUUUGCGUGUUAAAGAAGAUCAUGAUGGUGCUGAGCCUUCGGGCAAUUCUGUUGCAGCAAUCAACCUCACCAGGUUGGCCUCAAUUUUUUCUGACAGCCAGUCCGAUCGCUACAGGAAGAAUGCUGAUCUGCUUCUGGCAACAUUCCAAACAAGAUUGAAAGAUAUGCCAAUGGCAGUACCUUUGAUGUGUUGUGCAGCUGACAUGCUUGACGUCCCUUCCAGAAAACAGGUGGUUUUGGUUGGACAUAAAUCUUCAACAGCGUUUGACAGUAUGUUGGCUGCUGCUCAUGCAGUUUAUGAUCUUAACAAAACAGUGAUCCACAUUGAUCCAAGCGAUCCAGAGGAGAUAAAAUUUUGGGAAGCAAUCAACACGAAAAUUGCAAAUAUGGCAAAAGGUAGCUUCUCUGAGGAUAAAGUUGUUGGUCUCGUAUGCCAGAACUUCUCCUGCAAGCCUCCUGUCUCUGAUCCUGCUUCUCUUCAAGCUCUUCUUUCGAAGGAAAAAUAGAAUUAUUAUCUAUGAAGACAAAGGCUUGGUGAUUUUUAGUCAUGCCGAGGUUCUGGUGUAAAUUAUGUAUCUUUCUGAGCGUUGUUUAAGAUUAGUUUUCUGAUAUUUCUCUUUGGUGAAAUCUUAUUUAGGUCCACAUAUUACAGUAGAUCAGAAGUAGCCACCCAAAGAGGGGAAACCUUUAUUAUUCUAUAUAUGCUGUUUUAAUGUGUUAAUUAUGCUUUCGGUUUGGAGAUGUGAGCUCUUAUUUUGAGUGUUUGGAUGGAUGCUUGGCUUGUGUAUGUAAUGUUUCUGGCGAAUUUGGUGGUUCUACCUUGCCCCCAUGUCUAAUGUUACUUCUUGUGAGGUGAGUGAUGCCAGUGCAGAAGAGUAUUUCAUGUUGUAA